AUGGCGGAGGAGAUUUUGAUUCCGUCGCAGGGGAGAAUCAGCUCGCACCUCACCGCCUCCCUGCUGGUCGUAGCCUUCCUCUCCUCCUUCGGCAGCUCCAUGCUUUAUGGAUACAACCUGGCGGUGGUCAACUCUCCUGCUGGGUAUAUUAAAGAGUUCUACAACCGAACGGUGCUGAGUCGGAAUGGAACGGGCCUCAGCGAGGAGACCCUGACCCUCAUGUACUCUCUCACUGUCUCGGUUUUCGCCAUUGGAGGUCUGCUGGGUUCCCUCAUUGUUGGCAUGCUGGUCACACGCUUUGGCAGGAAGGGCACGGUGGUGAACACCACAGUGCUGGUGUUUGUUGCCGGCUCUCUCAUGGGCUUCAGCAGGAUCUGUGGCUCACCUGAGAUGGUCAUCAUCGGCCGAUUCAUCACAGGGAUUCACUCAGGUAUCAGUCUGAGUGUCGUACCGAUGUACCUGGGAGAGAUAGCGCCAAAAAGUGUGAGAGGCUUCCUGGGUCUGGUGCCAAGCAUAUUUAUUGGUAUUGGAGUCUUCCUUGCCCAAAUCCUUGGACUUCAUGAGCUCCUGGGAAAGGAGGAGCACUGGCCCGUCUUCCUGGCAGUGAUUGUGAUUCCCACGUUCUUCCAGUUACUGUUUCUGCCGUGGUUUCCAGAGAGCCCCAGGUACCUGCUGAUUGAGAAGCACAAUGUUCAUGCCACCAUCACAGCUCUGAAGCGCUACAGGUCCAGGUGUAACAUCCAGACGGAGAUCGAGGAGAUGCAGGAGGAGCAGCGCUCGCUGUCCUCGGUGGACACUCUGUCCGUGUGGACGCUGCUGCUGGACGAAGGCGUCCGCUGGCAGGUCCUCAGCGUGGUGGUCAUCAACAUCGGGAUGCAGCUGUCUGGGAUCGAUGCUAUCUGGUUCUACACCAAUGAUAUUUUUGAGAAUGCAGGCAUCCCCCCUCCGGAGAUCCAGUACACCACAGCGGGGACGGGUGUCAUAGAGAUCGUUGCUGGACUCAUUGGGUGUUUCACCAUUGAGAAACUUGGCCGAAGACCUCUGAUGGUCGGAGGCUUCACCAUGAUGGGCCUCUGCAGCGCUGGAAUCACACUGUCCCUUCUGUUUCAGGCUCAUGCGCCAUUCAUGCGCUACGUCAGCAUCUGCUGUGUGGUCGGCAUCAUCGCAGGCUUCUGCAUUGGUCCAGCCGGGGUUCCCUUCCUCAUCACCGCGGAGCUCUUCAAGCAGUCCCACCGCCCGGCGGCCUACAUCAUCGGAGGCUCGCUCAACUGGCUGUCCAACUUCACCGUGGGCUUCUUCUUCCCCUUCCUCCAGAUGUCAGCGGGGCCUUACUGUUUCCUGGUCUUUUCCGUCAUCUCCGUGUCUGUGGCUGUCUACGUCUUCAUGGUGAUCCCAGAGACCAAGAACAAGACCUUCAUGGAGAUCAGCCGGCUCUUCUCCAAGAAGGAGGCCGUCCUGGAGACGGACGACCUGCUGUCUGUGGACCAGCUCAAACUGAAGAAGAUGAAGAGCUAUGGCGGCGUCGACCGAGCCUCCCUGGACUUCGACAGCUCGUCUUCGGUUCCGUAGCUGAGCCUCUCAGGAGGUCCACGCUUCAAAGGGACUUACUGGGAUGUCUGCAAAAGGAAGAUUUCCAGAGUGUGAUGAGAGGAUAGUUCAAGACUUUAAAUGUAGAGGAGAAGUCUGCCAUGCCUGAUAUAUAACGGAAGUCUGCUGAACGGC